AUGUUUAAGACACGGCCUUUGGCACAGAAGGUAUUUCGAGCUCAAACCCUCGAUAUCCGACGAAAUAUGAGCUCUCAAGAUAAGAUUCAUUUCGGGCCGUUUGAGGUCACCAGCCAGGUCUUCUACAAGACGGCGCACUCCUUCGCCCUGGUCAACCUCAAGCCCCUCCUCCCAGGACACGUCCUCGUCUGCCCCCUCCAGGCUCACAAACGCCUCACGGAUCUCCAGCCCGCUGAGGUGACGGACCUCUUCACGACGACACAGCUCAUCCAAAAGAUGCUGGCGCGUCGCUACUUCUCCAACGCCACGUCCAGAUCAGAACCGGCGGCGCCGGAGGCCGGAUCGUUUAACAUUGCGGUCCAGGACGGCGCCGACGCGGGGCAGACGGUGUCGCACGUCCACGUUCACAUCAUCCCGCGCGUCCCCGGUGAGACGGGCAAGGAUGGGGAAGGGCCGAGAGAUGAGAUUUAUGAGCAGAUGUCUGCUGAAGAUGGCAAUGUUGGUGGCGCGUUGUGGGAUGCGGAGUUAGGGAGGAGGCCGGAGGCGGGAGGGAAGUUUGCGAGGAUUGAGGAUGCGAUGAGGAAGGCGAGGAGUAUGGAGGAGAUGGUGGCUGAAGCGGACUCGUAUCGGGAAUUAUUGAAGGAUAUGGGAGCUUCGAGUGAGAGCUGA